AUGUCUUCACCAAUUAAGGUCACGUUUCCAUCAUUCAUGCUCACCAUCAGCGGAGAGCUCUAUGAGCCUGCCAACGGGUCUCCGGACCGGAAAGGUGCUGCCGUUGUGGUGAGCCACCCCAUGACGGGAGUCAAAGAACAGACGGCAGCGGAUUAUGCCCGAGCUUUAUCUUCCGCGGGAUUCUACGCCUUGGCAUUUGAUGCUGGCUAUCAAGGUGAAAGCAGCGGCGAACCCCGUGGGCUUGAGGAUCCCCACCAACGUGUCGAGGAUAACAAGGCUGCGGUUACAUACCUGACCACUUUGGAGGGCAAAGUUGAUCCCGGGAGAAUCGGCGUCCUAGGAAUCUGCGCAUCAGGUGGAUAUACCUCGUAUGCUGCACAAUCAGAUACCCGCAUCAAGGCUCUUGGAACAGUCAGUGCCGCCUGUGUAGGUCGGAUGACACGCAAUGGUGGUCUCUACGAAAGCAACAAUAAAGAGUCACCCGAAGCCAUCGCAGGCGCUCUCAAAGCCGCAGGAGACUGGCGCACCACCCAUGCCAAUGAUACUAAAACCCAAGCACCUCGUAUGUUCGAAACGGAUGCAUCUGCAGUACCAGAUAAUGCACCUUCGUUCUUUAAAUCGGCUGCCGCAUACUAUGGCUCAAAGCGUGGCCACCAUGCUCGAUCCGACCAGCGGGUUCCCCCAUCGAGCUAUGAUUUGAUGAUUGGCUACGACUCGUUUAAUUAUCAGCAUCUCAUUUCCCCACGACCGUUGCUGAUGAUUGCUGGCAGUGAGGCUGAAACUCUACACUAUAGUAGGACGUCAGUGGAGGGGGCAAGGGAACCUAAGGAAUUGUUCAUUGUCAAAGGCAAGAAUCAUUUCGAUUUGUACGAUGAUUUGACCGAGUCAGCGCCAAAGCUAGUCGAGUUUUACGCAAAUGCACUUUCUCAGUAA